AUGGGCGGGCUGGGCAAGACAACUCUGGCUAAUAAGGUGUAUAAUGAUCCUAUAGUUUCGCAUGAAUUUUCAACUGUCGCCUGGAUUUAUGUAUCUCCAACUUAUAGCCAAGAUAAGUUGUUCCUUUCCAUUCUGAAAGGUGUUACUCAAGUCACAGGCGACAUGUGUAACAUGGGUGAAGACGAGUUGGCUGAAGAUGUCCGUCGCCAACUCACUUGGAAAUAUCUAAUUGUUGUGGAUGAUGUGUGGGAGAAGAAGGAUUGGGAUAGCAUUAAGAAGGCUUUCCCCAACCACAAAAACGGAAGCAGAAUCUUGCUAACGACUCGAUUCAAACCUGUGGCUGUGCAUGCCGAUCAGCGUAGCCCGCCAUAUGAAUUGGAUUUUUUAACUCACGAUCAAAGUUGGGUGCUGCUCCAGAAGAAGGUUUUUGAUGGAGGAGAUUGCCCUCAGGAAGACUUGAAGGAUGUCAGAAUUCGAAUUGCAGGAUAA